CACUUCAAGGUGGUUCAGAUAGCAAUACUGCGCGCCACAGAACGUACGGAAUCUCUUCUAACCGGUGGAAAAUUGUCACCAUUUUACAUUCGAUACAUUUUUUUAGGGUCUGUGAUUGCAAACUUGACAUUUCCCCAAAUAAGAAUUAUUAGGUUGAAAAGAAAUGAAAGGGUUGCAAGCGCAAUGUCUUUACUUUCUUGUGUUAAAUUCAGUAUUGUAUGUCUCGUCUUUGGAAGAGGACCACUACGUUCAUACCCUUGAUAAUUUAAUGGACAACUUCAAGGACUUGUUUCAAAAGAACGAUGCCACUCCUCAUGCCUACACCAAAUUCUCCCUCCGGAAGUCAUUGAUGCCAGAASAUGACAUCUGUUACAUCAUCCCCGGCAACCCCGAGUCUCUCAAAGAAUGCACUUUCAACAGCACCUCUAAAACAUUCCUUGUGAUCCAUGGCUGGACAGUGAGCGGCUUGUUUGAGAGCUGGGUGGCCAAACUGGUGUCAGCGCUGUAUGAGAGAGAGCAGGAUGCCAAUGUGAUCGUGGUGGACUGGCUGUACGCAGCCCAGAACCACUAUCCUGUAGCCGCCCAGAACACCAAGAUGGUGGGACAAGAGAUCGCUCACUUCAUUGACUGGCUGGAGGAGGCAACCGACAUCCCUCUUGAAAACCUCCACCUCAUUGGCUACAGUCUGGGUGCUCAUGUGGCAGGAUUCGCUGGGAGUCACGCCUCUAAUAAAGUGGGCAGAAUAACUGGUCUUGACCCAGCCGGUCCAGACUUUGAGGGAGAGCAUGCUCACCACCGCCUGUCCCCAGAUGAUGCUCACUUUGUGGACGUUCUUCACACCUUCACGCGGGGCUCUCUGGGCUUCAGCAUCGGCAUCCAGCAGCCUGUGGGUCAUGUGGACAUAUACCCCAAUGGAGGCAGUUUCCAGCCAGGCUGCAAUCUGCAAAGCACCCUGGAGACUAUUUCCAAAUAUGGUCUCUUUGCCAUCACUGACAUUCCCAGAUGUUCCCAUGAGCGUUCCAUUCACCUGUUCAUCGACUCCCUGGUCAACGAGCAGGAGGCCAGCAUGGCAUAUCGCUGCGGGAGCAACGAUAUGUUCGACCGCGGAAUGUGCCUCAGCUGCCGCAAGAACCACUGUAACACCGUGGGCUACAACAUCAGAAAGAUUCGCAUGACACGCAGCAUUAAGAUGUACACCAAGACCAAAGACUUCAUGCCGUUCAGAGUCUAUCAUUACCAGCUGAAGAUCCACUUCUCCAGCAAGGUGGACAGGUCUGAGAUGGAGCCUUCACUGACAGUCUCUCUGAUUGGAACCAAAGGAGAGGUUGAAGACCUCAAGCUGACAUUAAAGGAGAAGAUAACGACCAAUAAGACCCAUUCCUUCCUGUUGGUAGCGGAGAAAGACAUAGGUGACCUCCUGAUGGUAAAGUUCAAGUGGCAGGAGUCUACUAACUGGUCAGCCUCGUCCAUGCUCAAAAUGGUGUCAUCUUGGUGGUCAGAUGACUCUGUGGAUUCUGAAGUGGAGGUUCACAAAAUACGCAUCAGAGUCGGGGAGACGCAGAAAAAGAUGGUGUUCUGCAUUAAAGGUCCUCAUGCCCUCAGCUUACAACAGGAAGUGACGUUUGUAAAAUGCAAAAUGAAUGGGAAAAAACAAACAUAAAAAAGAGUUAACCUCAGGAACCGCUAAUAUUGAAUGUAUGGAGCAACGGACGAUUGCCCUCCUUCCACUGCCGAAGCACUUAGAAAAAUAAUUUAUACAGCUGUAAAUGAUUUUGUCAUUCAAACUAUAGAAAUACAUUUCCACCUUGUAUAUAGUGUACAGAAAUGUGUUAUUACAAAUGUGUGAAUAUUUGUAUUUAUUUAUUUUUUAAGUCUACUUGUGCCACAUCAACUACGAUGUGGUGCUAAAGGAUAGUGAAUGCCAUCGUCUUUGCUGAUUUUCUGGCAACCCCAAAGAGAUGGUUCUUAUACAAAGUCGUUGGUGCCUCUGACUGACCUCAACCCAUAGACAGAAUGAGAAGAGGCCUCGAGGUACCUGCAGUUAAAACCUCAUGUGUUGCCUAUGYUAUGCUUAAACUGACAGAGCAUUCACCAUUGUCGUCCUCAAUACUUUGUGAUUAUAGGAUCGGACUCAGUGUGCCUUAAAAUAACUUAUUGUCAAUUAACUUGUCUUAACCUACCGCAUGUAUUUGUUGAUACUGUAUGUUUUUUUUCAUAGUUAUUUGUAUCUUUUACAUGGUCUUUGAGACAGUAAUAUUGUGAGGUCCGAAAUGCAAAUUAUUCCCGAUAACUUUGUGAUUAUAGUCAAGCACUUGAGCAAUAAUGCAUUGACUGCUGUUUUUAUACAAGUAAAUUCAUUUGAGACCAGCAAUAGUCCGGCCUUUGCAGCCGAAUACACUACAUAUCAAUGGGAUAACCGUUAUUACAAUGUUAUACAAUAUUAUACCUUUUAAAACAAAAAUAAUAAUUACAACGAUUUAUACAGAACCCUUA